AAAGACCCUUUGUGGAUGCAGAGCCUUUCUGCAGUCUUCUGUCAAUAGCCUUCCUUCCAUUUUGGAGCCUGAGCACCGGCUUCCUGCAUCUGGGGAAUGAGUCCCGCCAGAAAGCCAGCAGUCAUUGUGUAGCACUGGACGGGGAUCAGGAGGCCUGACUUCUAACACUGCUCUGUCACUAGCAAGCUCUGUGAUCUUUAAAGCUUAAGUGACAAUGGUACACGAAACAAGGAAAAAUUCUAAAACCCAAGUACCUGAGCAAAAAUCUCGAGUUGAUUGGUGUCGGACUAAAAGAAGUAUCUCACAGUUAUAUGAUAGUGAUGAAGAGUUUGAUAGUGAUGAGGAACUUGAACUUGGUACUGAUGAAGAGCUUGAUAGUGGUGAAAGUAUUGAUAGUGAUGAAGAGCUUGAUAGUAGCAAGAAGCCUGGUAUUAAUGAAAUACCAGAAAAAGAAACAGAGCUUAAAUUAACCAAAGUCAAAAGUGAGGGAAGCAACAGUAAACUUCUUAUGAACCCUGGCAAUAGUUCAACAGAUGAAGAAAAAAUGAACAAAACCAAACAUAAUGACUUACCAGAUGAUGAAUAUCACCCAGGUCAAGAGGAGGAGGAUGUCAACAAGCACACCAAACAAAUCACAGAGGAAGAUGUGGAAGAUGAAGACAUCAAGCCAGGAAAAAGAAAAAGGCUGUCUUCUGUAAUGUAUGACAGUGAUGACAUCGAUGACAGUGAUAUUCUAGUUAGAAAAGUAGGUGGUAAACGUCCACGCAGGGUGGUCGAGGAGGAGUGUUCUUCACUGGAAAUGGAACAAGAAACCCCUGAAAAAUCAAUAAUUGCUCAAAAGCGAGAACACCACCAAAAGCUAAAGGAACUCUCAGAAAAAUCACGCCAGAGACAGAGAUGCAAUAGUGGUAGAAAUUUUAAGGACUCUGAAAAGGAAUCUUGUUCAAGUACUGAUGAAGAUGAGGAUGAGGAUGACUACAAAUCUGACGAAAAUGGAGAUGAUUAUAUGAUUGAUGAUUUUGUAGUGCAAGAUGAGGAAGGUGAUGAAGACAAUAAAAAUCAACAAGGAGAAAAUUUGACUACAUCACAACUGAAAUUAGUAAAACAGAAUUCUAUUUGUAAGUUAAAUGUGAAGACAGUGGUUUGUGUCUUGUUCAAAUCAUUAUAUAAAGCAUCAAAGCCUAUCAAUAUCAUCUUCUAAAUUAUUGGUUAAGAACUAUGGUUUUAUGUUCAGGUAUUUU